CCGUAUAGGCAACUGCAGCAACCGCUGAACUGGAAAUCGCCCUGGUAUUUGUAGUGUGACACUUUCACUUCUCACUUCUCAAGGGUGAACCUUACAUCAAGGUGUUGGAAUACUGUCCAAAAUAAAAUUGUGUUGUAAAACUUUUCCAUUCAAUUAGCGCUGAAGUGACCCCAUCAGAGUGUUGUGGAGCUGUAGCCACGCAGCGCGGAGAUCACCGCGCAGAGCUGCAGUGUGCGGCUUCUCUUACUCCGAGGGGUGAGCGGAGGCGCGCUGCCCAUCAGCUCUACCCACACUGAGCUGCUGUUCAAGUGAUCCGAUGUGAAAAGCCACCACUAGUCGCCCCCAGUGCUCUUGCAGUCUCGCUCAGUCUCCAAUUUUUCUUUCUCACUGUAGACUUAACGUCACGUCCGCACUUGAACUUGAAUUUUAUCCCAUUGUACAGAGGCAGCCCCAGCCACAGAGAGACAGAGAGCUCCCAGAGAAGCAGGACUCCGCCAUCUUCACAGUGAAAGGAAAAGAGAGAAAAAAAAGCCAGCAGGUCUUGUUUUAUUUGGAAAGGAGGUGGCAGUCUAUGUCCCUGUUUUCCUCCGUGCCAUACAAGGGGGCAAGUGCAAAGAGUUGGAAAGCCUGAAAAGUAAUUGGCAUUGCACGCGCUCGGGUAGUGCCAGUGCUCAAGGAGCGAAGGUGCCCAUCGCUUGGCAGACCAAGUGCCAAGAGGACAUUGGAUUUUUUUUUUAUUAUUGUAAUAUAUAUUUUUUGUGUGACAAAAAGUAUAUAUUCGCCAACCAAACACCAGAUCCACAGUUUGGGUGAAGAGUGGUGCUCGGUGUAGCUGUCAAGCGCUGUACUUGCACAGUGCACAGAGCGUUUUGAUUGUUGAGAAAGAUAGAAAGACAUUCGCAGUGGUCUGCACACAACUGUCAUUCACAGGCACCUGAGAAAGAGAGAGAGAGAAAAAAGAAAGAGGAUAUUUUUGCGUUUUUGUAACCCGGAGAGGUUCUGCUGACCGUACACCUUGCCUCAUGGUGUGACUUAGAAAAUUGUGGAGGUGAAGUCCUGCUUUCUUGCGGUCCGAGUCUGAGGCAGCAGGGAGAGACUGUACUGGACUUUGUAGCCAGACGCAAAGACAGUGUCAGUUGUGACCGAGGGACCCCUAUAAAGUCAGAUUUCUCCAGCUGGCACUCGAAGCGGUGGAGCAGUGCCAGUUUUGAGGAAGUCCCAGGAAAACUUACAGGAGAAGAAAGGAAGACGAAGUGGACGGAAAGGGGAAGAAGCAAGGCGAUUCUUCAGUGUAUAGGUCUCCGGGCGAUGCCAAUCUAAAUGCCAGGGCAAUGUCCCGUCGCAAGCAGGGAAACCCACAGCAUUUGUCACAGAGAGAAAUAAUAACACCCGAAACUGACCAUGUGGAAGCAGGAAUUGCCAGCACCGAAGCUCACACUCCUAUGGACCCCAGUGGUGUGGGCCCCACUGGAGGGUUGGGGGACCACGACCUCCUGACCUGUGGACAGUGCCAGAUGAAUUUCCCUCUUGGGGAAAUCUUGGUUUUUAUUGAGCACAAAAAGAAGCAGUGUAAUGGGCUGAUUACCGGGCCAGGGUGUUAUGAGAAAAGCAUGGACAGAGGCAGCCCGUCGCCGCCGCGCUCUGAGCUCAGGAAAGUGGUAGAACCAGUCGAAAUCGGGAUCCAGGUGACGCCCGAGGAGGAGGACGAGAGACUGUUGACACCCACGAAAGGAAUUUGCCCAAAGCAAGAGAACAUCACCGCAGGUAGAGAUGAGCCAUCAAGCUACAUUUGCACGACAUGCAAGCAGCCCUUUGCCAGCGCCUGGUUCCUCCUCCAGCAUGCUCAGAACACACAUGGCAUCCGUAUCUACCUGGAGACAAACCCUUCCAGCAGCUCCCUCACUCCGAGGAUCACCAUUCCUCCCCCCAUGGGAACCGAAUCUAUACCCCAGUCUCCUCUUACCAACUUUCUGGGAGACAGCAACCCUUUCCAUCUGCUUCGGAUGACGGGACCUGUGCUGCGGGAGCCACCAGGAUUUGUGGAAAGCCGCCUACCGAAUACUCCCCCGUUCGUCAGUCCACCUCCCCGCCAUCAUCUGGACCCUCACCGCCUGGAACGCCUCAGUGCCGAAGAAAUGGGCCUAAUCUCCCAGCAUCCCAGUGCCUUUGAAAGAGUAAUGCGACUGACACCCAUGGCAAUAGAGUCCCAGUCUAUGGAUUUUUCCCGGCGGCUCAGAGAGCUCGCAGGAAACAACAACUCCACACCGCCACUGUCGCCGAGCCGCACCAACCCUAUGCAUCGCCUCCUCAACCCUUUCCAACCUAGCCCCAAAUCCCCAUUCCUGAGCACCCCUCCACUGCCACCAAUGCCCCCAAAUAGCACCACCCCGCCACAGACCCAGUCCAAGAGCAAGUCCUGUGAAUUCUGUGGAAAGACUUUCAAGUUUCAGAGUAACCUGGUUGUGCACCGCCGAAGCCACACGGGUGAAAAACCAUACAAGUGCCAGCUGUGCGACCACGCCUGCUCCCAAGCCAGCAAGCUCAAGAGACACAUGAAGACGCACAUGCACAAGUCUGGCUCCAUGACAGGGAGGUCUGAUGAUGGGCUGUCAACUACGAGCUCUCCAGAGCCAGGCACAAGUGAGAUCACUGGCGAGGGGAUAAAGAACAGAGAAGGAGAGUUCAGGAAUGAAAGUGAAACAUCUCUGGGCCAGGACAACGAGGAAGAGGAGGAGGAAGAGGAAGAAGAGGAACUGGAAAAUGAGAGUAGGCCAGAGUCUAAUUUCAGCAUGGACUCAGAGUUCAGCCGCAACAGAGAGAAUGGUUCCAAACCUCCACCAGAUGAGAAGGCCCUCUCAUUAGGCAAGAUGGUGGAGAACGUGGGACUGGGCGCAAUCCAGCAGUACAAUGACUUGAUAGUCGACAAUCGGAAAAGGGGCCCCUUCUUGAAAAGGAGCUCGGAUGGGCAGCGGGAUACGGGGGAUGAAGACUCAGUGGUGGGAGAAAUAGACCAGGUGGUUGGAGCUGUGAAUGGUAGAAACUUUGGCUCAGGCGACUCCUUGGUCGGCCUGUUUCCUCGGAAGCCCACCCCUAUCACGAGCCCGAGUUUGUCCAACUCCUCAGCCAAGAGAAUCAAGGUGGAGAAAGAUUUGGACUUGCCUCCAGCUCCCCUGAUCCCCUCUGAGAACGUUUACUCCCAGUGGCUGGUAGGUUAUGCAGCAUCCAGGCACUUCAUAAAGGACCCCUUCCUGGGGUUCACCGACUCUAGACAAUCCCCCUUUGCCACUUCCUCAGAGCACUCCUCAGAAAACGGCAGCCUGCGUUUCUCCACCCCGCCGGGAGACAUGCUGGACGGGGGCCUCUCAGGGCGCAGUGGGACAGCGAGCGGCGGCAGCACCCCCCAUCUCGGAGGAGGACCCGGGCCGGGGAGGCCCAGCUCCAAGGAGGGACGGAGAAGCGAUACCUGUGAGUUCUGCGGCAAGGUUUUCAAGAACUGUAGCAACCUGACAGUUCACCGGCGCAGCCACACAGGAGAGCGGCCGUACAAGUGUGAGCUGUGCAACUACGCCUGUGCCCAGAGCAGCAAGCUCACCCGCCACAUGAAGACACACGGCCAGCUUGCUGUUUCUCACAAACCACGUGCCAGGCAGUUUGAAAAAAGGGAACUACAUUUGAAGAAGACAAAUAGCUUUCAGCACUAUAUCUCUUCCUUUCUGUUGUAAUCAUCCCAUAAAUUUCAAGUGAUUGUUUGUAACCUGUUCUGUGUCAUCUAUAGCUAUGUGUGCUUUUGGAUGAGAAUGGGUCAUUUUUGUCAGGAAGACUCAAAUUUUUCAGUCUUAAUGGAUGUCACCUUUUUAACCAGAUAUAUUGAGAUAUACAUGUAUAUUUCAACUGUUAAAUAAGAAAUUGCAUUUUCAUUAAAGAAUCCCAAACAUUACAAUAUCAAAUCACUUGAGAAAAAAUCUGCUUACCCUACUUAUAUUUGAUUUUAGUUAUAUUUUUAUUUGUUUAGUUCUUUUUAGAAGAAACCCCAGGACCCCAUAGCUAAAAUAUUAUAAUAAAACAUAGUUCAUGUAUCUGUUGAAUUAGUGCGACACCCUCAAAAUGGUUAUGGAUUUUUUUUCUGGUUAAUCUGGUAACUUCCCAGUUGAGUAGAAACAGUACCAUCUCUCCAGAUUAAUUCAUUGCACAGUGCAGUAACAGUAUCUGUAGUUCUCUGUUAAACCUGUACUAAAAAAGUAAGACUAUUUUUCUUUCUUUUUUUCAUAUAGGACUUCCUGUGAUGUGUAGUUGAACAUUCUAAGAAGUAGCAACUUUGUCACAUAAAGAAUGCACAGCUGAACUUUGAAUUUUUAAAAAAAAUUCUGUUAAGCAAGCACCAUCUUUGCCUAAAUUAUAAUGCUGCAUUAUUUUAAAUAAUGCUUUUUCCCAGUCCUGGCAACUUGUAGGAACAUUGUCUAAUAAUUAAAAGAAAGAUCUACUCAGUCGACCCGCACUUUAGAAUUUGAUUUUACAAAAACGGCUUCUGAGCAAGAAAUUACUUUUCAUGGAUCUACUUUACCCCACAAAAGGGUUAGAGAACAAGGGAGUGUCUGAGAUUCAAGUGCCAGUGUUGCUCAGCGUGGCAUUCACAAUACUGGCACUAUAAAAUUGUAAAUUAAUUUAUUGGGACAGUUGUUCUACUGCCAUUCAAUUUGACAUGGGUGUGCCUUGAAUACUGAUCUUCCUAUUUAAUGUUUCUUGAGACAAAUGCAACACUUUUGUGAAGCAAAAGGAUUGAAUGAGAAAAAAAAAACAUCAAUUUGUUGACAUAAUCCUAAUUUGCAUACAAAUUCUAAGAGAAUUUCGAGAAAGAAUAAAUGAAAAAAUGAAACAGAAAAUACAUUUAGGUAGAAGUACCCAGCACAACUUUUAUAUGUGUCUGUAUUUGCAUAUUCAUAUUCUUAUGCAUAGAAGCGCACAUACAUAUAUUGAAUUCUUCACUUCAGGACAAGACUUCAUCCUUCGAUAGACAAACGCCGGAGUGGAAUGUUAAACCACAGAUAGUCGAGGACGAGACUGGACAAAAUUCAGGAACAGCAGAAACUAAGAAAAAUUAGUGCACUCUGUCUUAAAAUACGUUUACAGUAUUGAAAUAAGUACAAGGGUAAAAAUUAUUUGCGUGUAUGUGUGUUUUAAAUGAUCAAGUAUUUUUUUUCCAAGUUUGCUUAUAAAGUUUCUCUGAAUGCCAUAGUGGCUAUGUGUAUAUUGGUUUUUUGGUGACGGGGUUUUAGUAAAUAUAUAUAAAUAUAUAUUACAAUUUUCUUGUUUACUGUAAAAGUAUACCAGUAUUUGUAAUAUUGGAGAAUGCCUGGGCAUUUUACAAAAACAGAAAAAAAAUCUUUUUUUAUUUUUAUUUUGCAGUCAAAAUUUAAAUGGUGGGUCUAUUAAAAUGUUUUUGUCACUGUAACUGUAAAAGUCUUGAGUUUUAGUAAAACUUUAUUCUGCCUUGGGUGUAAAAAAUAAAAAAGAAAUCCCGAACUGUAAACACAGUGUGGGGAGCGAUGUGACCAGCUGUGUGGUGUAGAGAAUUCCCUAGUAGAACACAGUGCAUAUUGUUACUGCUUUGCAGGAAAAUGAUCACAUUCCUGAACUGUACCUAUUUUUCUUCUGGAAUGGAUAUUCUUAAUGGCUGGUUUAAAAUACUUGUGUAGGCACUUGCUGUCUUUUUACUGGAGCUUGUAUUUUUUAACUUGUAUGCGCAUCCUUUUGUGAAAAAGGUAUCGAAAGUACCUUUUUUGUCAUUUGUUUUUUUUUCGGGGGGGGAGGGUGGAGGGGAGGGGGGAUGUUAACUGAAAACAGAAAAAAAA